CCUAUUUCAUAUCUAUAGGCUUAUAGGAUGCUGCAUAAACUUUUGCUUCAAACUUAUAAGGAAAAGAUGGCAAAUAAUAAGUCAGUGAUCCAGAGUUUUCCAUUUAAACCCAUCGCACUGGUUCUGCCAGUAUUGUUCACUUCCUCAGUGUGGGCAAUGACAUACAUCCACGUCCACAAGAUGGAGACCUGAUGGUGCUGAAAGAGGAGAGUCAAGAACUGAAUGAAACAGAAGAGAAAUAUCAAAAUGAUAAACACCAUGAUUUCAAAACUGAAGAAAAAUCAGUUAGUUGCUCACAGACUGAAAAGACUUCCUCAGCAAAAAAAGCUAAAAAAUCACGAAGUACAAACCUUAAUUCCCACAUGAGAAUUCAUGUUGAAGAGUGCUCUUUCACCUGUCAACAGUGUGGAGAAAUUUACAAUCGAAAAGAAAGCCUUAAAGUCCACAUGAAAAUUCACAUUGAAAAGAAGCCGUUAAUGUGCCCUCAGUGUGGAAAAUGUUUUACACAGAAAAAACUCCUUAAUGUCCACAUUAAAACUCACACUGGAGAAAAACCUUACACCUGCAAACUGUGUGGGAAGAGUUACACACGAAAUGGAAGUCUUAAAACUCACAUGAGAACUCACACUGGAGAGAGACCUUUCAUAUGUGUUCAGUGUGGAAAGAGUUUUACACAGAAAAAACCCCUUAAUGACCACAUGAGAAGUCACACUGGAGAGAAACCUUACACCUGCAAACUGUGUGGGAAGAGUUUCACACGAAAUGGAGAUCUCAAGACUCACAUGAGAAUUCACACUGGAGAGAGACCGUUCAUAUGUAUUCAGUGUGGAAAGAGUUUUACACAGAAAACAUCCCUUAAUGUCCACAUGAGAAUUCACACUGGAGAGAAGCCUUACACUUGCCCUCAGUGUGGAAAGAGUUUCAGGAUCAAAGAUACCCUACAGACUCACAUAAGAAGUCACACUGGAGAGAAUCCAUUCACAUGUGAUAAGUGUGGAAAAUGUUUCAGAUAUAAAGAAAACCUUAAUUAUCACAUGACGAUUCAUUUAAGAGAGAAGAGUUUUAAUUGUCAUCAGUGCGAAAGGAGUUUCACAGACACGAAUCACCUUAAGAAUCAUGUAAUAACUCACAUCGGAGAAAAGCCUUUCAUGUGCUAUCAAUGUGGGAAGAGUUGCUCAAGAGAAGGAAGCCUCAAGGAUCACAUGAGAACUCACACUGGAGAGAAACCUUUCACCUGUGAACAAUGUGGAAAGAGUUUCAGGUUUAAAGGAAACCUUAAGCUCCACAUGAGAGUUCACACUGGAGAGAGACCUUACAAGUGUCUUCAGUGUGAGAAGAGUUUCAAAAGUCAAAGCAGCAUGAAACGUCAUUUGAAAACUCAUUCUGGGAAGAAAUUGCCAUUUUCCUCAGAGUCACAAGAGGUUUAGAAAAAGUUUUUUUUUU